AUGGCAACUUGGGCAUACCCACCUUUACCUCCAGAUUCGUUGGAACGGGAAGCGGCCAGUGCUUUGGACUCUCUAGCGGCAUUGAGGGAUGGCCUUCGUGAGUGCGCUGCAUUGCUGGCUCCGAAGGAGCCUGGCUCGACGCUGGUGCUGUCCUCCCUCCGGUCAGAGAGCGUCAAAGGCUUCGUGACCAGAGUUGGAACCAAAAUCGUGAAGGGGGACAUACAACUGCGCCUUAGCUCCCUUGCAUCUGCUCGUGGCACUCCCACUACCCGUCUAUGCUUAUCCAACACUCCUGGCGCUCCAGAGCUCGUCCUUAAACAAUUGUCGUCCGUGCGAGAUCUCAUCAAUCAGAGCCUCGAUGUCGUAGAUGUAAGCACAUGGACCGGUGACCCACUGGAUGCCAGUUUCAUCUUCGGUCAACUGCAUCUUUUGCAUGAAACUAUUACGGAGGCGCGGCACAUGCUGAAAGGGGAGAGCGAUGAUGUGCAAGGCAAGUGGUGGGAAACCAGUGCGGAGGAGGAUAUGUUCGACCCUCCACUGCCGCCAUACCUCUCAUUCCACCUCUCCAUUGCGGACUCAGCUCUUGUGCUCUAUCUGAGAACACUUGACACCACUGCGCCUUCUUCUCAUGCGCCGACAGCCUUUGCUACCGAUAUCUCGCUUACUGGGUUCAACAUUCGAGACCGAUUGUUCGGGCCACGGCAUCGCCCUCAUGACGAGAUGGGCGAUAUCUUCGUCUGGAAAGGAGAGGAGGUGAAAGUAAAAGAGAAGAUUCGUGUUGAGAGCCAGGAUCCUAGUCUGAUGGCGGUCAUGGCAAAACUGACGGCUCUUGAGCACGAAGUCAUGAAAUGGUUGUCCUCUCUGAAAGUGCUAAUGGGCACUGAGGACACAGACAGCGAUUCAUGA